GUCAGCUCGAUUCGAAUGGUAAGCUGCGCCCGUCCGGUGUCCGUAUUUUACUAGUCGCCCGCGGUGAUCGGUCUGUUGCGUCAGCCCGAACUGGCCUGCCUUUUUCUUCCCCUCCCCCGCCCCCGUCAUCCUUCUUCUUCUUCCAGCCCACCCUUCUCGACCUGUUUCUAAACAACAAACAUCUUGUAUCUUGUCCCAUCUAUUCAAUCUCUAUCCAACAACAGCAAACAUGGUUCUCGCUAAGAUCGGUAUCAACGGCUUCGGUCGUAUUGGAAGAAUUGUCUUCCGCAAUGUCAUCGAGCAUGGCGAGGCUGAGGUCGUCGCUGUCAACGACCCCUUCAUCGAGCCCCACUACGCCGCCUACAUGCUGAAGUACGACUCUCAGCACGGCCAGUUCAAGGGUGACAUCGAAAGCACCGAGAAUGGCAUCAAGGUCAACGGCAAGCUCAUCCGCUUCUACACCGAGCGUGACCCCUCCAACAUCCCCUGGUCCGAGACUGGUGCCGAGUACAUUGUCGAGUCCACCGGUGUCUUCACCACCACCGAGAAGGCCUCUGCUCACUUGAAGGGUGGCGCCAAGAAGGUCGUCAUCUCCGCUCCUUCUGCUGAUGCCCCCAUGUUCGUCAUGGGUGUCAACAACAAGGAAUACAAGUCCGACAUCAAGGUCCUCUCCAACGCCUCUUGCACCACCAACUGCCUGGCUCCUCUUGCCAAGGUUGUCCACGACAACUGGGGACUCGUUGAGGGUCUCAUGACCACCGUCCACUCCUACACUGCCACCCAGAAGACCGUCGACGGUCCCUCUUCUAAGGACUGGCGAGGUGGCCGCUCUGCUGCCCAGAACAUCAUCCCCAGCAGCACUGGUGCCGCCAAGGCCGUCGGAAAGGUCAUUCCUUCUCUCAACGGCAAGCUUACCGGCAUGUCCAUGCGUGUGCCCACCUCCAACGUCUCCGUUGUUGACCUGACCUGCCGCACUGAGAAGCCCGUCAGCUACGACGAGAUCAAGAAGGUCAUGAAGGCCGCCUCCGAGUCCGGCGAGCUCAAGGGCAUCCUUGGCUACACCGAGGACGAGAUUGUCUCCAGUGACCUGAACGGUGACACCCGCUCCUCCAUCUUCGAUGCCAAGGCCGGUAUUGCUCUGAACUCCAACUUCAUCAAGCUGGUCUCCUGGUACGACAACGAGUGGGGUUACUCCCGCCGUGUUGUUGACCUGAUCUGUAAGCUUUUCAUUCUGCCAUUUCUCCAUUAUGACACUAGCUAACAGUUCUGUAGCCUACAUCGCCAAGGUCGACGCC